AUGUUUCAAGACAAAGGAUACUCUUCUUACUACAUAUUCAAUCGAUUUUUUCUAACAGGAUGCGGAAUAUGGCCUUACGGAAGUACAUGUCUUUUAAAAUUUUUCCGAUAUUUUUGGAUUACACAACAGAUAUUUUUAAUGUCUGCUAAGAUUAUAAAAAUAUUCGAAAUUAGAUACGACAUUGAUACAGUUAUUGAAGCUGUUGCAACUCUAUUUUACAAUAUUGCAGCUACUGUAAAAUAUUGUAAUGGUGUUAUUAACGAAAAAAAAAUGAAAUUUUUAGUGGAUAAAAUACAUACCGAUUGGAAAAAUGUAUCUGAUCCUAUGGAAAUAGAUAUUUUAUCACGUCAUUCAAGUAGGGGAAAAUUAUUGAACAUUCUCUACAUUGCCUCAGUUUAUAAUGCUUUGCUAUCCUAUUUAUUACUGCCUCUCUCACCUAUAAUCAUGGACAUUUUUAUGCCACUGAAUGAAUCAAGACCAAGGCAGCCUCUUUUAAUUGCCGAAUUUUUUAUAGAUGAAAAUAAAUACUUCUAUUCAAUGACAACAUAUGCUUAUAUGACUUGUUUAUAUGGCAUUAUUCCUCUUCUCGGUACUGACACUUUCUAUAUGAAUUGUGUACAUCAUAUUUGUGGAAUGACCGUUAUUUUGAGUCGCAGAAUAAAAAAUAACAUUAAUGGAAGUAAAAAGGAACUUUUGAGAACAAAGUACCAACGAACAGUAGAUUGUAUCAUCAAUCAUCAAAGUAUCAUAGAAUUUGGUGAUGGUAUAAAUGCCAUGUACAACACAUCUUUCUUCAUAAUUAUAUUUCUUAAUACAACCUUACUAACGUUUACAGGAGUAGCGGCGCUGAUAAAAUUCAACGAAGGAAAUAAGUAUGAAGAUGUUGUAAGAUUCGGAAUGUUUGGUGUAGCUGAAGUAUUUCACUUAUUUUGUAAUAAUUACAUGGGUCAACUUGUCGUCAACUCGGGGGAUGAAUUUAGGAAAAAUAUAUUCAAUUCGGAAUGGUAUCAAGCACCGAUAAAAGUGCGAGAACUCGUACAUUUCAUACAACUAAGAAAUUCACGACCAAUUCUCAUGAAAGCUGGCAUUUUUCCAUUAUGCUUACCUAACUUUACCGUGGUGUUGAAAAGUUCCAUGUCUUAUUUUGCAUUUUUACAAUCCACUCGGUAUUGA